UCAAGCGAGCCUUUACCAACUCAAGUUGGUUGAGAGUUGCAAGAUUGUCAUUGUCCGAUUGGCAGGCCCCUCCUUGCAGGAAUCAUGGGGGCUUGUGCGUCAGGCAUCUGCAGUCCGGCAUCGCAAGCGAGCACCGCCCCAAAGAUGCCAAAGGUCCAGGAAUGCUCCAUCGCAGGCUAUGACUAUCCUGCGCAGAAGAAUGAGGAAGUGGCCUCCACGGUCGCUCCGGAGGAGCAACCAUCCAGGGAAGAGAGCCCCACUGCCGUUUCGGCCAUUUCUGAGCACGACUCCCAUGUGGAGGAGGAGCCAAAGGUGGAAGAAGCUCCGACUACCGUGGCCCCACCGGCACCGCCUAAGCCAGCACCGACCACGCCCAUCACCUUGGAGACACUGCAGGGCGACUGGGUGAACAGCAUGGGUGCAAAGAUCAUAGUGAAUGGAACGCAGGUUUCACUGAAUGGUUUGGUCAUGAAGGCGCACCCCAUCACCUUGAACGAGGAUGGCACUGUGAGCAGUGUGGGCAAGAUCUGGCAGCUGAACGGUUGGUUGGAAGACGAGCGUGUGGAAUUCAAGGAAGCCCCAAGCAAAGAGGUGAUGCAGCAUGCUCGGUCAGUCAUUUGGACCAAGGCAUCCUCCGAGCGAAUGGAGGCUUGGACUGAGCAGAUGAAGGGUCUUGGCUAUGCAGGCUCUUCCAGCAAUCCUUUGAACCGUGGUGUUGAGGGCUGCUGCCCCGGCACCUCUGAUGCACAUGCAAAGUUGGUGGAAGACAACGAAGACAAGGACAAGGCCGAGCUGAAGCUGCUCAACGACCUUAUUUCCAAGUGGCGCAUCGAUGGUGUCAGCCAGGUGCCUCCUCGAAAAGUUAUCCCGGACUUCAGCAACCGUGGUCACACUGGACUUUCCGUGGAGCACGUGCACUACUUGGCUACAAGCUUCAAAGAGAAAGGUUUCCAGAAGAGGAAGGGCAACGAAGGCCAUGACAUCCCUGUGCUGGUGUGCGAGUCGUCAGACAGCGAGCUGGGUCGCAAGUCCAUCGAAAACUGGCGCUCCAAGCUGGCCGAUGAGAAGGGCUUUGCACCCAAGGAGCACUAUGAGCGGCUUUUCGCGAAGAAGGAGCUCUACACAUCGCUGGGCAAUGGACACUUCAAUCAGGCUCUCAACCUAUUCUUCACUGAGAGUCCUAGCAUCUACAAUGACCAAAAGUACACCAUCAACAAUGAUCGCGACUUGAAGGAGGCCGUCUAUCAGGGUGUUGGCAGCAUUGUCCUCAAAGGAGAGAUUCCUCUUCGAGAUCGUGAGACCAUCAGCAAGCUCUUGAACUCCAAGAGGGAGUUCAAAUGGAAUGUGAACUCCGAUGGCAGCCUCAACAUCACCGAUGCAUAUGAGGAUACCACCACCUGCAAACAGUUUGAGGCCAUGAGCAAAGUCUUGGACGCUGUGGAGCUGAACUGCCUGGUGAGAUCCGAGCUCGGCGUCAAAGACAGCCACCGGAUCGGACAAUAAUCCCGACACCUGCGGCGCAGCAGGUUGGAUUUGUGAAGGCCACGCUGGCUUCCAUCAGUGGGGCUCGCGCGCUCUUCGCUGGUUCAGUUUUUCCUUUUGGCGCCGUGGGCCCGCCACCCUGGGGUUUGGCCUGUGCUCGAUUUUCCUGG